CUGAGUACUUGGAUCCAGGAAAGAAGCAUGAAGUGGCUUGUACUCCUCGGGCUGGUGGCCUUCUCAGAGUGCAUAGUCAAAAUACCUCUAAGGAGAGUGAAGACCAUGAGAAACACCCUCAGUGGAAAAAACAUGCUGAAUAAUUUCUUGAAGAAGAACGCUUACAGACUGUCCCAGAUUUCUUUUCGUGGCUCAAAUCUAACUAUUCACCCACUGAGAAACAUCUAUGAUUUGCUCUACAUCGGUAACAUCACCAUUGGAACACCCCCACAGGAAUUCCAGGUUGUCUUUGACACAGGCUCAGCUGACUUUUGGGUGCACUCCCUCUUUUGCACCAGUCCAGCCUGUGCUACACGUGUUAGGUUCAGACAACAUCAGUCUUCCACCUUCCGGUCUACCCAAAAGACCUUCAGCAUCACCUAUGGAUCUGGGACAAUGAGAGGAGUUGUUGUUCAUGACACAGUUCGGAUUGGGGACCUUGUAAGUACUGACCAGCCAUUCGGUCUUAGCGUGGCAGAAUCCGGGUUUGUGGGCACAGUUUAUGAUGGCAUCUUGGGCUUGAACUACCCCAACAAAUCCUUGUCUAGAGCCAUCCCCAUCUUUGACAAGCUGAAGAAUGAAGGUGCCAUUUCUGAGCCUGUUUUUGCCUUCUACUUGAGCAAAGACGAGCGGGAGGGCAGUGUGGUGAUGUUUGGUGGAGUGGACCACCGCUACUACAAGGGAGAGCUCAACUGGGUACCAUUGUUUGAAGAGGGCAACUGGAGUGUUUACAUGGACCGCAUCACCAUGAAAAGAAAGGUUAUUGCUUGUUCUGGUGGCUGCAAGGCCCUUAUUGACACCGGGACAUCACUGAUCCGAGGCCCAAGAAAACUGGUCAAUAACAUACAGAAUCUCAUCGGCGCCAGGCCACGGGGUUCCAAGCACUACGUUUCAUGUUCUGUGGUAAAUACCCUGCCCUCUAUCAUCUUCACCAUCAAUGGCAUCAACUACCCAGUGCCAGGUCGAGCCUACAUCCUCAAGGAUUCUAGAGGCCACUGCUAUACCACCUUUAAAGAGAACCCUUUGAGUCUAUCUACAGAGAGCUGGAUCCUCGGUGAAGUCUUCCUGAGGGUGUAUUUCUCAGUCUUUGAUAGAGGAAAUGACAGGAUUGGCCUAGCACAGGCUGUAUAA